AUGCAUUACGCUGGACUGGAUUUUAGCGACUCUGUAAAAACUUACCAGGGUCUCGGACUUGACCUCGAACAGCGAAAACUCUCGAGCCCUGGAAUCGAACUCGGAGCCUGCUUUGACUUCCUCCUUCGCCGUGCGAGUAAGAAAACUAUAACAGCAACCAACGCCAGACCGAUAACACUCCCUAGAACCGCACCAACAAUUGUCGCAGCUGCGGGUUUAGAUUUCUGGGAAGCGAGUAUUGCAGCACUGGUAUUAGUGGACACUUGUCCUGAGGUUGUUCGGCUCGGUUGUGAUAUCAUAGUGGAGGUUUCCACGGAUGUUCCGAUUGUGAUGAGGAUGAUGGAGGAUAAAACUGUGGAACCAGAAUUAGAUGUAAUAGAUGAGGACGUGCUAGUGUUAGUGGCGGUAGUGGAAGGACCAUUGGUUGUGGUUGGUGAUAGGUUGCUGCUCGUGGAUAAAGAUGUUCCGGAAAUCGGGUUGAUCUGUGUGGAAGAGGGAAAAGAGGAUACUUGA